AUGAUCGACUUCCGUGCGGCAGAUUUGGCUGUCGGAACGAAUUCUAUACUGACAUCCAAAGCUGGAGCGUUCGCGACCGCGUUUGAAUUCACCGACGAGCAGACUGCGACACCGACUGUCGCUGCACACCAGAGGAUCAGAGAUUCCAGUGUAUCUCGUCCCUCCACUGAAUCUAUUUCCUCCCCCUCGAAGAAGAAGAUGGCGACCGGAUAUGCGGUCAGCCCGGAGCCGCCCGCGCUAUUUGUGCGGGCCAUGUACGAUUACGAUGCCGACGACCACACCAGCCUAAGCUUUCGCCGGGGAGAUAUUAUUCAGGUGCUCAACCAGCUGGAGACCGGUUGGUGGGAUGGAGUCAUUGACAACACACGGGGUUGGUUCCCCAGCAAUUAUUGUACCAUCAUCACCGAAGCCGACGCCUUCGGCGAGCACACCACACAUGGCCAGGACGAGACGGACAUCAGCGUAGAAUCUGGUGCGGAAGAUGAGGCGGCGAACGGUCGCUUGGAGGAUGAAGAGCUGGACUCGGAAGCUCAUCCCCACGAGGCACAAUCUGGUGUGUCGGGUGAUGGCGACGUGUCGGCCGCAAAUGACCAGGAAGAAGCCGCAUUCUGGAUUCCACAGGCUACCCCGGAUGGCCGCCUGUUCUACUUCAACACUCUCACUGGCUAUUCCACGAUGGAGUUGCCAUUUGAGAAUCCGGCCGCAAACGAGACUGGUCCCCGAGACCGGACGAAUUUCUUUGUUCCCGAUCAAACCCGGCCACCUCCUGAGCUGAUGGCGCGCGGGUUUGAGCGCGACGAAGACGACUAUGAUGGCUCCGCGUCCGAGGCGGAAGGCGAAUCCUUGAUGCUCGCUUCCCAGGACUCCAUGUCUCGUCGUCGCCAGUCCUUCAUGGACGGCGUAUCACCCGCCACAUCAAUGGACUCUCUGCAUACGCCUGCUUCCAAGGAGUUCCACCACAAUUCGUCCAUGAGAAGCCAUGGGACUCUCAGUAGCGGUGCACCCACAAGCGCUAACACGUCGAUCGCCGAAAGCUUUGGGAGACCUUCGAUCUCUUCGGGCACCCCUCGACACUUUGUCGACGAUGGCUUAUCCGCUCCUGUCACAUGGCCUCUCCUGGUCGAUAACAUGCGCCAUGCCGUCGAGGCCUACCGCCAGGCGCUCUUUGCGCAGGAUCGGUCAGAAUAUGUCCGACGAGCUGAAGACAUCUCCGACCAUCUGCGCAUGCUGCUGGCGGCCGGCUCGGACACCACAGAUAACCACUCAGGGAAUCCCUCCAUUAUCUCUACGAACAAGGCACUCUACCCUUACUUCCGGGAUAUGAUGUCCAAGUUCUCCAAACUCGUUCUGUCUUCACACAUCGCGGCCGCGGACUGGCCGGGGCCCGACUCUGUCAACAAAUGUCUCCAGGAAGCUGAGGGUGUUAUGCAAGGCGUCUACGGCUAUGUCGACGUUGCCCGCCAGCAGCGUGGGGAAAGCAUAAGUCGCAUCAUCCCUGGGUUCGUUAGUGGCAGUACUUGUGGUGGCAGCUGGCAAAAUAACGGCGUUUCCCUUGAGACCUCUGGACCGACGUCAUUCCUUGUUCCCGAGCAUAAUGAAUCGCGUCCUGAGCCUUCAGUUCCGCUGGAUUCGGCGCUCUUGGACCACAUCGACGUCCAAAGGCGGUCAUUCGUCGGUAGCAUUCGUCGAUUGGAGGACAAACUCUCACUUGAUAAGAAGAUUGUAACGGCUUCCCAGCAUCGUGAACUUGCAGACGCGAUUUCUGCGGCUGCGAUCAAGGUGACUGAGCAGUUUCGCCCGUGGAUUUCGACAAUUGAGUCAAUCAAUCUCGUGCCCUUGGGCACCAGCUUCCAAAAUCCACAGCUCGUUGACUUCAGUCUACAAAAGCAGCGAGUCUACGACGGAAUUGGUGACUUUAUACUCACCUGCCAGGCGGUUUCUGCACCUUUAUCUGAUGAGUGGGCAGAGUUGCGUGGUGAUUCCCUCGAUGACCGACUGACGGCUGUGCGAAUGGUAGCCAAGCAACUGGAGAACUUCGUGUCCCAGAUUGGAUUUUCGCUAUCCUUGCUUCUAGAGCAGAUACCCGAGGAUCAAUCAGUCGCGCUGGGCAUUGAAGGUCGCCUAGACGAGGAGGAUGAAGCGAUCAGCAGAGGUGCUCAUGCUCGUAGCGAAUCCCAAGCCAAGAUCGCCAAUGAGUCAAUUGGAAUUCCGUCCUCCUAUGCCAUCGGCGGUGGCAAAGUGCGCCGGAACAUGGACAAGGCCCAGCGAUUCUUCGGUCAGGCGCCUCCUACCUCAGUGACACGGGAACCUGCUGUCCGUGAACCCGUACGAGAACCGGAAGAAACGCCAUGGUUCCUCAAGAUGGAUCACGAGGGUGAAGUCUUUUACGAUAUCAAGGGCGAUGCUGCGCUUCUCAAGUGUGGAACCCUAGCUGGCUUAGUGGAACAUCUUACUCGCCACGACAAGCUGGACUCAAGUUUCAACAACACCUUCCUCCUCACCUAUCGAUCUUUUACCACGGCUGCCGAGCUCUUUGAGAUGCUGGUGCAACGCUUCAACGUUCAGCCUCCAUUUGGCCUAAACUCAGAUGAUAUGCAGAUGUGGAUUGAUCGGAAGCAAAAGCCCAUACGCUUCCGUGUAGUAAACAUUCUGAAAAGUUGGUUUGAUACAUUCUGGAUGGAGCCAAACGAUGAGAUGAACAUGGAUCUCUUACGACGUGUUCACGCUUUCACAAGAGAUUCUAUCGCCACCACCAAAACUCCAGGAGCUCCUACACUCCUAGCAGUAAUCGAACAAAGACUUCGAGGCCAGGACAAUUCUGUCAAGCGCCUGGUGCCUUCUCAAAACUCAGCGCUUCCCACGCCAAUCAUACCGAAGAACAUGAAGAAGCUGAAAUUCUUGGACAUCGAUCCGACCGAAUUUGCCCGGCAACUGACGAUUAUUGAAUCACGUUUGUACUCCAAGAUCCGACCUACGGAGUGCCUGAACAAAACGUGGCAAAAGAAGGUCGGGCCAGACGACCCCGAACCAGCCGCGAAUGUCAAAGCACUGAUCCUCCACUCCAAUCAAUUGACCAACUGGGUUGCGGAAAUGAUCUUGACUCACAGCGACGUAAAGAAACGAGUCGUUGUCAUAAAGCAUUUCGUGAACGUUGCUGAUAAAUGCCGCGCAUUGAACAACUAUUCCACACUUACUUCCAUCAUCUCCGCCUUGGGCACAGCUCCAAUUCAUCGUCUAGGUCGUACCUGGGGACAAGUCAGUGGGCGUACAUCGACAAUCUUAGAGCAGAUGCGCCGGCUCAUGGCAAGCACAAAGAAUUUCGGCGAAUAUCGGGAAACUCUGCAUAAUGCCAACCCACCUUGUAUUCCAUUCUUCGGUGUCUACCUGACAGAUUUGACUUUCAUCGAGGACGGUAUCCCUUCGUUGACCCCAUCUGAAUUGAUCAACUUCAACAAACGAGCAAAGACCGCCGAGGUCAUACGAGACAUCCAGCAAUACCAGAACAAACCUUACUAUCUGCAGCCAGUUCCCGAGCUACAGGACUACAUCCUCAGCAACCUACAGGCAGCAGGUGACGUUCAUGACAUGUAUGACCGGAGUCUGGAGAUCGAGCCUAGAGAACGCGAGGACGAAAAGAUUGCAAGGUAUGCCGAACAAGCGCUCCGAGAUAAGAAUUCUUUGCUGUUCGCGAGCACUGUCGCUGUGCUGCGUUGA